AUGUAUUGUUUUUAUGACUCCAAUCUUCUUCGUCGCCAUCAUCAUCGCUUUCCUCCCUUUCCUCUUCUAGGUGGCAACUUCCUCUACUCAGAGGCAAACGUGCAGUACUAUGGAGAGAAAGCAAGGAUCUACAGUCCCUUCGACUCCCCGGCCAACGAGGCUGGCACGGACAUGACGAUGAUCUCAUUCUGGUACAGCAUGUGGGAUGGCUUCGACGGGACAAACUGGGGAACACUAAACGUCUACAUCGCCUACGGCGGCGAGAAAGUCCCGGUAAACCCUCCCUUCUGGUCGCGCUCGGGAUCACAGACGGACGGGUCAGGAUGGAAAGAGGCCAAGAUCAUGUUUACGGCCCCUAGUCCGUUUCGGAUCAUAUUCGAAGGUGUCGUAGGUGAAGGAAACAGAUCUGACAUCGGUAUUGAUGACGUAAUGGUCAGACAACCCAGUAGGUUAUAUUCCAUUGUCCCAGAAUGA